AUGAAGCCAUACUGCAUCGCAGCAAUUGCUCUUCUCUUGUUUGCAUUCUGUUCUUUCAGUGAAAACGCAAGUGCCACUGCUCAGUGCUGCUAUAGGUACAUAAGAACCAGAAUUCCUCAGAAAAGUGCCAUAAGCUAUUCAGAGACAGGAUAUGCGUGCUCCAAGCCUGGUGUCAUGUUCACUACAGUGAGACAGAAGAGAAUUUGUGCUGAUCCAUCAGAGCCCUGGGUCCGGAGUCUGAUGAACUAUCUGGAUGGAACCACGUAA